AUGUCUGUUAGCAACGAUCUCAUCUGGCAAGUUAUCCGUGAAAACAACCGCUUCUUGGUUAAGCGCUCUGAAUUCGGUGGCAUCCAAUUGAACCGUGAGCCCUUCAACGUCACCGGAAAGAACUCUCAGCGUUACUCUGGUCUUAGCAGCGACCGUGCCGUUGGUAUCAACGCUAACAGCCCCCGUGGUGUUGUUAUGGUCUCCAAGACCAACCCCAAGAACGCUCAAAAGCCCGCCAAGCUUUACCGCACUGAUGUUAUUGCUAACAAGUCUUCUCGUAAGACCUACAAGAGCGUUGCUAACCGUGUUGGCAAGACUGGUUACCGUCCUGACCUUGUGAACGUUUCUAUUGCUCGUUCUUCUGCUAUCCUUGCUUCUCAGCGCCCUAAGAAGAACUCUGCUUAA